GGGGGCGGAGGGGGGGGGGGGGCUGAGCCUCGCCGAGGGAUCCGGGGGGGCCGCGGGCUCGUGCCCCCCGUGCCCACCACCACCCGCUCCCCGCCAUCGGCAGCCUCCGGAGCGGCUCCAUCCCAGCGGCUCCAUCCCGGGAGCCCCGAUCCCGCGGGAGCUCCCCGUGCGCAUCCCGGGGGAUCCAUCGCACCCCCCCCCCUCGGUAGGGGCGAGCCCCCCCCCCCGCUCCCGCCGAGCCCCCCCGGUAUCCGCGUGCCGUGGCUGAUCCCUCCCUUCCCGGGGCUGCGCCGAUGGACUCUCCCAGCGCUCCGUGUGUGCGGCGGAGGCUGCGGCGGUAGCGCUGGUACCCGGGAGCUGCUGUCGCGCCGUGUCGCUGCCGGAGCAUCCUCCUUCCUCGCCGUAUCCCUUCCCGAGCAUCCUUCCUCGCCGGAGCACCUUCCUCCUCCUCGCCGGCGUCGGGAGGGAGCUGGAGCUGGAGCGGGGCGAGGACUGAGCCAGGUCCGGGCCGGUGUCCGGGGUCCCCCCACGCCCCCUCCCACGGAUGGGUAGCACCAUCACCCAUCUCCCCCCAUCCCGGGCCUGAGGGCGCAGCCCCCCGACGCAGAGACCCCUCCCCAUUUCCACGCCGGCGUCCCGUCCCAUCCCGCCGGCGCCAUGGACGAGUCGUUCCGGGACCGGACGGCGUUCAUCCGCGGCGCCAAGGACAUCGCCAAGGAGGUGAAGAAGCAGGCGGCCAAGAAGGUGAGCCGGGGCAUGGACCGCGUGCAGGACGAGUACACCCGGCGCUCCUACUCCCGCUUCGAGGAGGAGGAGGACGACGAAGACUACGCGCCCCAGGACGGCUACUACCGGGGGGGCGAGGGGGCCAACGAGGAGGAGGGGGCGUCCAGCGACGCCACCGAGGGCCACGAUGAGGAGGAUGAGAUCUACGAGGGCGAGUACCAGGGGAUCCCCCGGCAAGAGUCGCUGAAGGGGGGGGAGCGCCUGGGGGCCGCCACGGCCACCGGCGCCUUCGACGACAGCGAGGGGCAGCGGCGGAAGGACCGCGAGGAGCUGGCACAGCAGUACGAGCUCAUCCUGCAGGAGUGCGGCCACGGCCGCUUCCAGUGGACCCUCUACUUCGUCCUGGGCCUGGCCCUCAUGGCCGACGGCGUCGAGGUCUUCGUGGUGGGCUUCGUCCUGCCCAGCGCCGAGAAGGACAUGUGCCUCUCCGACUCCAACAAGGGCAUGCUGGGACUCAUCGUGUACCUGGGCAUGAUGGUGGGCGCGUUCGUGUGGGGCGGGCUGGCCGACCGGCUGGGCCGAAGGCAGUGCCUCCUCAUCUCCCUCUCCGUCAACAGCGUCUUCGCCUUCUUCUCCUCCUUCGUCCAGGGCUACGGCACCUUCCUCUUCUGCCGCCUGCUCUCGGGCGUGGGCAUCGGCGGCUCCAUCCCCAUCGUCUUCUCCUACUUCUCGGAGUUCCUGGCGCAGGAGAAGCGAGGGGAGCACCUGAGCUGGCUCUGCAUGUUCUGGAUGAUCGGGGGCAUCUACGCCUCCGCCAUGGCCUGGGCCAUCAUCCCCCACUACGGCUGGAGCUUCCAGAUGGGCUCCGCGUACCAGUUCCACAGCUGGAGGGUCUUCGUGCUCGUCUGCGCCUUCCCCUCGGUCUUCGCCAUCGGGGCACUCACCACCAUGCCCGAGAGCCCCCGCUUCUACCUGGAGAACGGGAAGCACGAUGAGGCCUGGAUGGUGCUGAAGCAGGUCCACGACACCAACAUGAGGGCCAAGGGCCACCCCGAGAGGGUCUUCUCGGUCACACACAUCAAGACUAUCAAGCGGGAGGACGAGCUCAUCGAGAUCCAGUCGGACACCGGGACGUGGUACCGGCGCUGGCUCGUCCGAUGCCUCAACCUGUCGCAGCAGGUCUGGAGCAACUUCCAGCAGUGCUUCGCGCCCGAGUUCCGGCGCGUGACGCUGAUGAUGAUGGCGGUGUGGUUCACCAUGUCCUUCAGCUACUACGGGCUCACCGUGUGGUUCCCCGACAUGAUCAAGCACCUGCAGAGCAUCGAGUACGCCUCUCGCACCAAGCUCUUCACGCGGGAGAAGGUUCGACAUUUCACCUUCAACUUCACCCUGGAGAACCAGGUGCACCGUGGCGGCGAGUAUUUCAACGACAAGUUCAUCGGGCUGAAGAUGAAGUCGGUGACGUUCGAGGACUCGCUCUUCGAGGAGUGUUACUUUGAGGACAUCACCUCCAGCAACACCUUCUUCAAGAACUGCACCUUCAUCUCCACCGUCUUCUACAACACAGAUCUCUUUGAGUACAAGUUCAUCAACAGCCGGGUGGUGAACAGCACGUUCCUGCACAACAAGGAGGGCUGCCAGCUGGACUUCAGCGACGACAACAACGCCUACAUGAUCUACUUUGUCAGCUUCCUGGGCACCCUGGCCGUGCUCCCCGGGAACAUCGUCUCGGCCCUGCUCAUGGACAAGAUCGGCCGCCUGCGCAUGCUGGCCGGCUCCAGCGUCAUGUCCUGCGUCAGCUGCUUCUUCCUGUCCUUUGGGAACAGCGAGUCGGCCAUGAUCGCCCUGCUCUGCCUCUUCGGGGGGGUCAGCAUCGCCUCCUGGAACGCGCUCGACGUGCUCACCGUGGAGCUCUACCCCUCUGACAAGAGGACGACGGCGUUCGGGUUCCUGAACGCGCUGUGCAAGCUGGCGGCCGUGCUGGGCAUCAGCAUCUUCACCUCCUUCGUGGGCAUCACCAAGGCCGUGCCCAUCCUCCUGGCCUCGGCCGCGCUGGCCCUCGGCAGCUCCCUGGCCCUCAAACUGCCCGAGACGCGGGGGCAGGUCCUGCAGUGAUGGGGGAGGCUGGGGGAGAGGGAAACACCCCCCUUGCCCCCUCCUCCUCCUCCUCUUCCUCCUCCUCCCCGGGGUAUCCCCCCCCCCUCCCAAAUCCAGCCUCUCCCCCCGCCCCGUGCCCCCGGGAUUAGUCGCGUUAGACACUGUGAAACGUCUUCUUGGAGCAUUUUGGGAACUUUUUCAUUUGCACUUGGCCCCUUCCCCCUCCCUCAGAUCCUUCUGACACCCCCAAAGCUCCCCCCCUGAGACCCCCCCAAACCUGCUCCCGACCGCCCAACCUCCCCCACCACGACCCCCAAAAUCCCUCUGAGCCCUCCCAUUUCUUUUCUCGGUGUCACCCCCCCUCCGUGAGUCGCUGCUCGUUCCUGGGGGGGCUGUGGGGUUUGGGGGGGCCCCAGCCUUGGGGAGGGGGGGACACACAGGCCCUGUGCACCCCCUGAAUCCCUGCUGAGCCGAGGAGGAGGAGGAUGAAGGCUCUGAGUUUCCCCAUCCCCAGGGAGAGCACCCAGCAAGGUCCCCACAAGGAUUUUGGGGGGGGGGGGGUUCCCCUGGGAGAGGGGAGGUGGGUGGCCUUUUGAGGUGCAAGAGGCCUUGGGGUGCCCUGGCAAUGCCUCGGGGGGUGAGGGGGCACAGGAUAUUAAGGUGCAGGUCCCUUUGGGGGGGGGUGCAGCAAUUUGGGGUGCAGACCCCCCUCCCCCGGGGGUGCCCAAUAUUUUUAGGG